AGAUUGAAUCCUACGUCAUUAUGACAUUUUGUCGAAUGUAUAUUGCGUAAUUUUUUUAAUUACUUUAUUUUUGUAUAUUCUUCUAAACUGAUUCAUUCGAUUGUACGAGAUUAGUAUUCUUUUUUUCGUCGUUAAAAAUUGAAAAUGAAAAAAGGGAAAAUCAGUAAAGAAGAAGCAAAAAGACUAAAACAAGAGCAAGAAGCUCAGGUCAAACGAGACUACUUGAGUAGAGAACGAAUUUAUGGUCAAACUAGUGAGCCAAAAUAUACUAAAAUAUGGGGUAAGCUUCUAAACGAAAUAAGUUCGAAACAUCUCAAGAGGGAAGUUCUCGCUUACGCGAAUCAUUUCAACAAAGCUAUUGAUUAUAAGGAUGUAGAAAUUUCCCUUUUUUUGGACUGGAUAGAGCACGAAAACCUACGCUACUGGAUGUGCCUGACUAAUCAUAAUCACUUAAUGGAAUAUAUGAUCAAAUUUUUUUACAGAGGUUAUAAAUGGAUUUACAAUGAGCUCGGUGAUCAGGUCAACAAAUUAAUAUCCUUGUGGGUAAUAGACUACGAUGAGAACAAAACAAGAACUACUACAAACGAAGAAUUUCUUGAAAGAAUGAAAUACCAAAUGGAUCUAGUGAAAAAAGGGGAAGAAUACGAAACGAUCGCGAAAAACUUCUCUAUACUAAACGAAAAAACAAGUAAAUACAAGUUUUUGUUAGGAGACAUCGGCUACACCUUAACCGAUAAAUUCGAAAAAAUGUACUGGUAUAUGAAAGAGUUCACAGCCGAUUAUUUAGCCUCCGUCAGAAAAAAACAGAAGGCUGGGGCGGAAUCUAUGGAACGCUAUGAUCUUCUACAGAAAGAUAUCGUUGCCAAUCUGAAGAAACGAAAUAAACUGGAAAAACUCAUUCAAGUGCUGAUGCGGAAAUAUCAACUUUUAUCGAAUACGAAUGAACGGAAGUUAUACGAACUGCACCAAGAACACGAUUUUUUGCACCAUUGCUUCCUCAUAUUUCGGGAGAACCUAUUUGCCGACAAGAGAAACGACACUUUCAAAAGAGAAAUUUUAACAGUCAGCUUUAACGACAGUUAUCAAGAAUUGGAAAAAAUAGCGAAGAAAGGUUCUAUUAUGUUGAAAUGUCUCAGAGCCUGUCAUAAAUACGAAACAGAAGAGGAAAAAGUUCUUCCUUUCCCAGAAGAAAUUGUUGUCGUUGAAAAACAUCAGGACUCGAAAUUUAAAGACUGGCAUAAGUACCUUUGCUUAUUUUGGAAUAGGAUGGCUUCUGUGAAUGCUAGCAGGUAUACGUUGAAUGAAGAACGAAUAUACCUGAAAAACGAAAAUAUAAAAUUGAAGAAACAAAUUCACGAGUACUGUCAGUGUUUAGAUUGUCCUGCUCUGCCACAAGUUCCUAAGAGAGCAGGUAAGAUUCCUUAUACAGAAGGAACAGAAAUGAUACAAAAGCAUAACGCACAUAAAGGAAAGAGAAGUACAAUAGGUAAAAAUACUGCAAAACUUUCAUGACUUCUAAUAGGUAGAAUCACAAUUACAUAGGUGUUAAAUUGACUAUCGGUAUGAAAUAUUAAACAAAUAUAGAAUUAA